AACGCCGUCAGGUUGGCAAAACUGGCCUCGGAGGACGUGACGUCACGACGGGCUCUUUUCCAUCUUGGUUUCACGAAACACAAGAUCUAACUCCGCAUCGGCAGCCGUCGAAAAUGGUCAACAAGAAGCCAACCAAGAAGAAGGUCGCCGGCAAGAAGGUGGCCGCGGCCCCGCUCGCCGUCAAGAAGGUCGAGGUUAAGAAGGUGGUCAACCCGCUGUUCGAGAAGCGCACCAAGAACUACGGAAUCGGCCAGAAUGUGCAGCCCAAGCGCGACCUGUCCCGGUUCGUGCGCUGGCCCAAGUACAUCCGCAUCCAGCGCCACAAGGCGGUGCUGCAGAAGCGCCUCAAGAUCCCGCCGCCAAUCAACCAGUUCUCGCAGGCUCUGGACAAGCACACCGCCCAGCAGCUGUUCAAGCUGCUCGAGAAGUACCGCCCGGAGAACCCGAUCGCCAAGAUCCAGCGCCUGAAGGCCAAGGCCGAGGCGAAGGCCGCCGGCAAGGAGGCCCCCCCGGCCAAGAAGACGAACCAGCUGCGCCAGGGUGCCAACACCGUGGUCAAGCUAGUCGAGCAGAAGAAGGCCCAGCUCGUGGUCAUCUCGCACGACGUCGACCCCAUUGAGCUGGUCAUCUACCUGCCGGCCCUGUGCCGCAAGAUGGGCAUCCCGUACUGCAUCAUCAAGGGCAAGUCCCGGCUCGGAACGCUGGUGUACCGCAAGACGUGCACGUGCGUCGCGCUCACCCAGGUCGACAACUCGGACCGCGCCAACCUCGGCAAGCUGGUCGAGACGAUCAAGACCAACUUCAACGACCGGUACGAGGAGAUCCGCAAGCACUGGGGCGGUGGCCUCCUCGGCCCCAAGAGUAUGGCCCGCAUCGCCAAGAUCGAGAAGGCGAAGGCGCGCGAGCUGACGCAGAAGACGGCGUAAGCUGCUGCGCGUGGGGUUUACUCUUAAAAAUCUUGUAUGUGUAAGGAUUCUUUCGGUUCCAGAGAGAAGAACGCGUGCGCGGAGAGAAAGAGAGAAAAAAUAAACACUGAAAAACAGUACACGUUAAGCUUA